AUGCCGAUCAAUUAUCGUCAUCUUUUCAUGGUCAGGACGUGGUUCCGGCAUAGCUGCCCAGCCCUCCUCCUGGCCGCUUGCAUAAAAAUGAUUCCCGGGGUGCGUGCAAAUGGGUUGUCAGUCAGCAUCUUGGUGAGUGUACUUGCUUGCGCAGACUCAUCAGAUGGCUUUGUCCUGCUACCAUCUCUGCUAGCAGAGACGGAUGUCCAGACCACAACUACGCCUGAGAUGCCGAGAUUGGACCUGGUUUCAAUGAGCUCGCAGUCCCAGCAGAAGAUUGGUGACCUUGAGACCUGGGUGAUGUCUAUGGCUGGUAAGUCCGCGAUGGACAAUGCCACCCUCGGAUUCAUCGACCAAAUCCGGCAGAUGGUCGAAGACAUGGUGCCACAAGUGCUGAGCCGCAGCGAGGCAUCCGUGCAGGAACUCAAGCGGCUCUUGGAAGCGUUUUCGCACUGCCGCUUGGAGAGCGCCCAAACGGACUUCUCAGACCUGCAGCAGCGGCAUCUCUACUGCCGGAGGAAUGAGAGUCUCCAAGCUCUUGCAACCACGGAGGCAAAACAGGUCUGGUUUGCUAGUGACUUGGUUCGACAGUCGGAGUGUGCCAAAUUCGUGUCGAUCGACCAGAUUCCUUCGCAUGAUGAGUGCGGAGUUCCGCAGCAUGCUGACACAAUGCGAUACUACGCUGAAGCGUUAAGAAACAAGUUCAAGGACAAGUAUGAUGAGUGGGUGCGAAAAAAGGAUGGCUGCGAUACUGCGGCCAACAGCACCGAGUCACUUCGACAGAAGAAAGCCGCUCUUGAGGAGCAGCAGCAGGAGCUGCGAGCACUUUGCAACUCGCUGCAGGAUGAGCUGGACCAUCGCGUUUGCGGAGCCAGCGUUGCUGCACAGAGACACUGCCGCAGCUACGAGGAGUGCUAUGAUCGUGCUCGGGUCAGCUUCUUGGAGCAAAACAAGACAGUGGCGGCUUUGGAGAAGGAGAUGCAGCAGGAAUAUCGUGCACUGAAGCGCAUCAUCUGUAUCCUCAAAGCCUUUGAAGGCGGUGUGGAGGAGAAGGAGCUCGAAGUGUGCCGGCUGAGGACUGUGAACCUGGACCCAUUGGGUAUCGACUGGGCAUCCUUCAGAAUUCCACCACUACGGAUUAACUGCUCUACACGACAGUCAUGGCCCAACGCUUCCUCACCUGAAUAUGCCUUAGAUGUAUACGGGUCGGUGCCUACCGACGUGGCGCUCAAGGAAUGUAGCGCUGUGCCAUGCUGCCAAGCAGUGUACAGUUGA